UACUGUUGCAUUUAAAUUGGUUUUGACAGCUCACGUGUUCAGACUGCAGGUUACCCGGAUGAUAAAGGUGACACACGGUGGCUUUGCCUUCGGCGGGAUCGCUUCCCAGUAGAUCAUGAUGGAUUUUAUGACAGAUCAAGACGUGCAAAAGUACAAGCAGGAUGGAUACGUGGUUCUGGACGGGCUGCUGACCGCCCAGGAGUGCGAUGAGCUGAGGCAGAGAAUGGCUGAGAUCGUGGACCGGAUGGACGUCCCCGAGCACUGCAGGACCACUUUCUCCACCUACCACGACGAGCAGCUAAAAAAGCAGGGGAAUGCGGAUUAUUUCAUCACAAGUGGAGAUAAGAUCCGUUUUUUCUUUGAGAAGGGUGUUUUCGAUGACAAAGGGGAAUUCAUCGUACCGAAGCAGCAGUCACUCAAUAAAGUUGGGCAUGCCCUACAUGCGUAUGAAUCUUUGUACAAGAAGGUUACACAUUCACCCAAAGUCCAGGGAAUAGCCAGGAAACUGGGCCUGGUUAAUCCUGUGAUACUGCAGAGUAUGUACAUUUUUAAGCAACCAGGGAUUGGUGGCGAAGUGACGUCGCACCAGGACGCCACGUUUCUGUACACGGAGCCCCUGGGCAGAGUUAUGGGACUGUGGAUCGCCCUGGAGGAUGCGACUGUUAACAAUGGCUGUUUGUGGUUCAUACCAGGAUCGCAGAGUAGCGGUAUUUCCCGACGAAUGGUGCGCACCCCAAAAGGCACCUUCCCGCUGACAGACUUCAUCGGAAGAGAGCCAACUUAUGAUGAGGACAAGUUUGUAGCUGCACCUGUCAAAAAAGGUGGGGUGCUCCUGAUUCACGGGGAAGUGGUGCACAGAAGUGCUGAAAACACUUCUGAAGACUCUCGCCACGUCUACACCUUCCACAUCAUGGAGACCCUGGACACUCGCUGGAGCCCUGACAACUGGCUGCAACCCACAGAGGAGCUGCCUUUCCCACCUCUCUACACUAAAUGACGACGUCUCUGGCAGCUUACAAAGAGGAACAGUUUUAUACAAGGAAGAUGUUCGACGACGUCUGGAGAACGUUUCUGGGAACAAUGUUUCAUGCCUCAGUGUCUGUUGUUAAUGUGUAAAUCGGCUCAGUGGUUUUUCAACUUUUCUGGGUCACAACUCCACAAGUUGGCAGGCUGCACCGUCAGAGUCCAUAAAUAAUGCUUAAACACUAUGAUAAAAGCAUACCUAUUUUUUU